AUGUGGGUAGCACGACUUUCCUCUUCUAAUCGUAUUACAACAGUUCAUGCAGUUAAAUCCACACAUUUCAGAUUCAAGGUCACAGGCAACGCCACCAUUGCAAGCGCGGGUACAACAAGCGUCACCAGUGCUAGAGUGCGCCACCCGGUGCAGAAGCUUCAGUUACCGACAUAUCAAGUAGGGAAGCAAGAAUCCCCUAGCUCAAGACCGCAUGCCAGUAUUGAAGCGAAGGAUUGUACUCCGAAGAAACAAAGACAGUGUAACUGUAAGAAUUCUCGAUGUUUGAAGCUGUAUUGUGAGUGCUUUGCUGCUGGAAUUUAUUGUGAUGGUUGCAAUUGCCUAAAUUGUCACAAUAAUGUGGAGAAUGAGGAUGCUAGGCAAGAUGCAGUUGGAGCAACGUUAGGGCGAAACCCAAAUGCAUUCAGACCAAAGAUUGCUAGCAGUCCAUGUGGAUCUCAUAAUGCAAAGGAGGAUCUGGAGGAAGUUCAGAUGGUGGGAAAGCACAAUAAAGGAUGUCACUGCAAGAAAUCAGGAUGCCUUAAGAAAUAUUGCGAGUGUUUCCAAGCCAAUAUUCUAUGCUCUGAAAAUUGUAAAUGCCUGGAAUGUAAAAAUUUUGAAGGAAGUGAAGAAAGAAGGGGCGUCCUUCAUGGAAAUCCUAAUACCAUUGCCUAUGUGCAACAGGCAGCCAAUGCAGCCAUUACUGGGGCCAUUGGCUUGUCCGGCUAUGUGGCUUCUACAGCAACAAAGAAGAGAAAGAUUGAGGAACUCUUAUUUAGCCUGGCUGCCAAAGAACCAUCCAUUCAAAUGGCUGCAAAAUGUCAACAGGAAAAUCCUCUCUGCAAUCAUUCAGUCUCUUCUCUUUUAUCAGUCCCUGUUUCUCAAACUGUGAAUAGAGCGGUAUUGGGAUCCUCCAAAUCACCAUACAGGUCUCCAUUGGCGGACAUCCUCCAGCUGCAGGAUAUACAGAAACUGUGCUCAGAUAUGAUCAUAAUCUCAUUGGGAGCUACGCUGACACAUGAAGAAAAUAGAAAGGAAAUGGAUCGACACGUAGAGACGGAUUAUUAUAGUGUCCAAACUUCCAUUUUUUCAUCAGUUGAAGCAAGGGAAACCAGUAAAAAAAUAAAGGAUACUUUGGAAGGUGUUGGUGAUGUCCGUUUGACUGAGAAUCAGGUGGAUAGAGAUAGUAUUAUUAACUGCAGUGCUAUUAGGGAUGACUUCCAAAAUGAAAGGCCAGUGUCUCCUGGAACUCGUGCAUUGAUGUGUGAUGAAAAAGAUUCUAUUUUGAUGGCAUCAUUAGCAACUAGAAUGGCAGGCCAUUGUAUUAAAACAAAUCAGACGUCACUGAAGGAGUAUGAACAUUCAGAGGCUUAUGCAGAGCAGGAAAGGCUUGUCUUAACAAGGUUUCGGGAUUUUCUCAACCGCCUCAUUACUUGUGGAAGUAUAAAAGAAACAAUGUGUUCACCAAUGACCAGAAGUGAAACGGCGAAAGCUGGGACUAAAAUAGAGAAUCAGAAACAGACUUAUUGCAAUGGCAAUUUAAAACCUUCAUUUCCCAUGUUGGUGGAGAAGGCUGAGACUGAAACUGCACCGAUUUCUUCAUCGAGUGAUGGUCUGACUUUAAAGGUGGGUUUCUCUGUUGGGAAAGGGGAGGUGAAUUCAGAAACCAAAAAUAAGCGAGAGAAGUAGCUUCAGGAUCACCAUUGUGGCAUGUUGUUCAGCCUGUUCGCAUUUGCUGCUUUUAGUGCAUUUUAAUUUUGACCUUCGUUCUUGUUGAAAGUGCUUAGGAGAAUUUGUUAUACCAGGACACUGUUCUUAAAUAGCAGUCGGACACUUAUUCGGUAAUUUUUAGAUUGUUUUAGGUUUUAGGCUGAUGUCUGAUUUUUGUGAAGCUUCGGUUAGUUCUAUUUUUCUUGUAUAUGUUUAAUAAUGGCAGUUGUGCUGGGUUCAUUUGACGCUCUUUACUCAGCACCUAAUUGCAGCAUUGUCUUUGUAGCUUUCCAGGAGUAGGGAUCAGCGGCCAACCUGCCCGUUUGUAAUAGAUACAUCUGCAAAUAAAGCGGCCUUGAAAUUCAAUA